AUGGAGAAGGCAGAUGAAAAGCCAGAUAAGCUUGACGGUAAUACACUCUUCUGCUCAGGGCCCAAAGAGACCUGUCAGGCUGAUCACUCGACAGCUCAGAUCAAGUCGGUCGAUAUGGUAGGGUUUUUCGGAUGGUGAGCUGGGACUCGGGUAGUAUUCUGACUUUGCACGAACAGAGCGAUGAUAUGCAGCAGGAGGCCAUCGAAGUUGGUGAGGAAAGAACGGCUCCAUAUCGCCAUAAGCGACGCUAACUCCGUGAAAGCACAAGAAGCUAUGGAGAAGUACACCAUUGAGAAGGCAUGUCUCGAUUGUGGCGUCUGGGAAAGCAAUCGCUAACACUCACGCCAGGAGAUCGCACAUCACAUCAAGCGUACUGUAUGCAUGAGAAAUCCGACCUUCGCCGAACAGAACAGCUAUUGACCUGCAUAGUUUGACGAGCGCAAGGGCGCAACCUGGCAUUGUAUUGUGGGCAGGAACUUCGGCAGUUUCGUUACACACGGUUCGUGGGAAUUCUGGGUGCUUCCUUGUACCCACUGCGGCUGACAUGGUGAACAGAGACCAAGCAUUUCAUCUACUUUUACUUGGGACAUUGCGCGAUCCUGCUCUUCAAGACCCAAUAG